GCCAUCGUGGAGCCCGUCUCUUUUCCUCUCGCCUAUUUUGAGUCUCGUUUUGGAGGUGACGUUGGGUCCCCAGGGUGCUGAAAAGUUGGGUUGCGGACCCCCGCCAGGGCUCAGCAUCACGGAGGUGCAGGGCGUCGCUGAGGGCUCGGGGCCGGUUGCCGCCUGUGGUGCGCUCCGCCCCGGGGCCCCUGCCCCUGUUCCUGCUCCGAGUCCGACCCUGGCUGCGGCCCACGUCCCGGCUGCGGCCUCGCAGUUCACCUUGCUGGUGAUGCGCCCCUGUGGAGGGCCGGAGGAAGCAGCGGCCGAGGGCGUCCUGAGGCAAGUUCCCGCCCUAGGGGGCAACACGCGCGCGGGCAAGCCUAUUAGGUAUCCGUGUGACGUGGCGGGGGAUGGAGAGGAGGAAGCGGGGGAGGAGGAAGCGGACCUCCUGGACACUUCAGAUCCCCCGGGGGGAGGCGAGAGCACAGCUAGUCUGGAGGACCUGGAGGACGAAGAGACCCACUCCGGGGGCGAAGGAGGCAGCAGGGGAGCCCGUAAAAGGGGCAGCGGCGGGGGCAGCAUGUGCAAGACCUGCAUUUACGAGGGCUGCAGCGAAACCACCAGCCAGGUGGCCAAGCAGCGCAAGCCGUGGAUGUGCAAGAAACACCGCAACAAAAUGUACAAGGACAAGUACAAAAAGAAGAAAAGCGACCAGGCCCAGAAUUGCGGCGGAGCCGCCCCGGCUGGCAGUGUGGGAAACGUCCAGCUGGAGGAAAGUACAGAUAAUAUACUCUCAAUUGUUAAACAAAGAACAGGAGCUUUUGGGGAUCGUCCUGCAAGGCCUACACUUUUAGAACAAGUGUUAAAUCAAAAAAGACUGUCAUUACUAAGAAGCCCAGAAGUGGUGCAUUUUUUACAGAAACAACAACAACUAUUAAAUCAGCAAGUUUUGGAGCAAAGACAGCAGCAGUUUUCAGGAACAUCAGCAUGAGGGAAUUUAUUAAGAAGCUCUAUAUGUUUUUUUUUAUCUUAUUGUAGUAGGCAAAAAUAUUUUUAUACUAAGAUAAGUGGGGUUAGAUAUGCUAGUAGAACAUCAAGUUAUUUUCCUGUAAAUGUAUGGGUGCAUUUGGGGAUAAAUAAAUAUUGCAUUUUGUACAUCCUAUUCUUUCAGGUCACCAUAAAUUUGAAGAAAUCAGCUUAUCUUUGCAAAAGAACAUUUAAUUACAAUGUAUUUUAAACAAAAUGUUCUUCAGUCAUUGUUACUGAAGAUUUUGAAGCAGUUACUUCUGUGGAAGUUAAGUUAAUUGACAUUAAUCUUGUAUCUAGCUCAAUGGUUCUCAUCAAGGGGCAGUUGGAAAUGUUAUGGGUGUGUAUUUUUGAUUGUCACAGUGACUAAAAACUGCUGGCUUUUAGUGAAUGGUCCAGAAAUGCUAAAUGUUCUGCAGUAUCUGGAAUGGUCUCACACAACUAAGAAUUGUCUUAUUCACAAUGCAAGUCAUAUUCCUCUUAAGAAAUACUGGUAGCUACUUGUGAUGGAUAAAUGUUGUUGAGGCACUUAGAAUUGGGUUCUUAUAAUAACCUUUUUUUUUUUUGCAGUUAAGAAUGGAGCUUUCAAAGAGAUAAACAUACUUUAUAUCUAUAGGGAAAGUUAAAUUGUUAAAUAUGUGUGAAAUUAGGGAAUGCAUCUGUUUUUUGGAAUGUGCUGGUAAAACCUGAGGGAUUAACUAAGUACACUGGAAUGAAUGCAUCUCCUAAAGUUGGCUUCUCUUCUUCAUGUUACCUGUUAGCUUUGAUCUCUUUUAAAGCAGACACUGUUAUGUGUUGAAUUUGUCAACAGUAAAAGUGUAUCUCAUCCCACCAGUGCCAGGACAAAAUUAUUUUUUUAAUACUCAUUUCUUUUUCAAAAAGAUCCUGAAUAUAAGAAUAACAUUCCAGCAUUUUGUCAUUGUUUUUCAAAAUUGAUCUAUUUUAAGACUGUGUUAUUCCUAAGUAAUGUUCAAAGAAUGAUGGAUAAUCUAUAUAGAUACUUUUUUCUUAUAUUUGUUCUUAGGAAAACUUUUAAAAGGCAAACCCAUCAAUAAAAAUAACAAGUUAAAGUAUUUCCAGUGUUAGGAAAAGAAAUGUAUGUGUCACAAGUUUAACUGCAAAAAUUUGUUAGUUUCUUGGUUUUUAAGCUCUGAAAUAUAUAUCAAGUUAAACUGACUCACAGCUGUACCAAGAAGUAUUUAAGGAGAGUAGGAAUCUUUAUUUUUGUAUGCUUUAGAUUUGCAUAUCUGUGCAAAAAUGCUUUUACCAAAAUUAUUCAUUAAAGUCCAAUUGUUGACCUUUGA